AUGGACAAAAUAGCUUAUGAUGCUUAUCCCCGCCCACCACUUCUGAGAUAUUGAGCGGAAACCAGAGUACCUCCAGCCAGAAAAGUGCAUCUCACCUCCCUACCCCGGCCGUGCGGGAACCAUGUGGUUUAUCCGGGAUGGCUGUGGCAUUGACUGUGCUGUUGUCACCUAGCUUCUGGUUCUCUAUGGAGUCAUGCUGAUUCCAUCCCAAGACUACGUGUACAGCAUCGUCAAUGGGAUCGUGUUCAACCUGCUGGCCUUCUUGGCCCUGGCCUCCCACUGCCGGGCCAUGCUGACGGACCCCGGGGCAGUGCCCAAAGGAAAUGCCACUAAAGAGUUCAUCGAGAGCUUUCAGCUGAAGCCCAGGCAGGUGGAGUACAAGAGCCCCAAGUGCUGCAGCAUCAAGCCUGAUCGAGCCCACCACUGCAGUGUCUGCAAGCGGUGCAUUGGCAAGAUGGACCACCACUGUCCCUGGGUCAACAACUGUGUUGGUGAGAACAACCAGAAGUACUUCGUCCUGUUUACAGUGUACAUUGCUCUCAUUUCCUUGCACGCCCUCAUCAUGGUGGGAUUCCACUUCCUGCAUUGCUUUGAAGAAGACUGGACAAAAUGCAGCUCUUUCUCUCAGCUUACCACGGUCAUCCUGCUCAUCCUGCUGUGCUUUGAGGCACUGCUCUUCCUCAUCUUCACGUCAGUGAUGUUCGGGACCCAGGUGAACGCCAUCUGCACGGACAAGACGGAAAUACAAGUGUGGACCUGCUUUUGGGAACCAGCCACUUCUGAUCUUGAACCGAAGGUGGGUGUUGAAAUGCCUGCAACCUUGAGCACCAGAACUCUGCCUUCAGGACACCUUUAA